GAUAUGUCGCACAUGGGAAAUAAAAUGGGAGUAGACGUUCAACAAUGGAGAUGCCGAAUAGGAUCGUUUCAACAAGACACAAAGAGGAAUUCUCAGGAACAGGUGUUACGAUCCAGUUUAACGAAACUGCCGAAUCCGCAUACUCUGUUGACUGUAUUGUUUUUGUGUUCGCUUCUCCUUCUAAGCGGUGACAUAGAGAGUAACCCAGGCCCUCGUGACGAGAUUAACAGUGAUCAGUCUAAUGAACAAACACGUGCGAGGAAAAGAAAACAAUACAAUUUAUGUCGGUGACGACGAUCCAUGGCUGUCUAUUCCUAGGACAUCUAAAUGGAGAUUGAAACGAAACAAAACCAAUGGAAACUCGAACGAUGAGCAAACAAUCACCUCUCAAUGUGCUGAUCAAGAUGGGGACCAUGACGAUACUAGAACAACCGAGAAAACACAUGCAACACCAAUACACAGCUCUGCUCUUCCAGAUCUUGAUCCAGAAUCACAGAGUGAUCCUGAGUUAGACUUCGAAGUAGAGGACCAUAUCAUUUCUGUCGUUGAUCAAGGUGAAGAUGUUGAUAUUACCCAUGAAGAUGAAAGGCAAUAUGGGGAAAGCACAGAUGUACCUCAAGAAGAAAUUUUGUAUGAUGCUUCGGAGGAGGAAAAUAUACCCUUGGACGAAGACUUGGAGCCAGAAGUUGAACAUGAUGACAAUAUGCCAAUAUAUGAAGGAGCAACAAUCACAACUGGGCAAAGUGCAUUGCUAAUUCUUUCUCUUGCAUUCAGACACUCAUUAACUGGAGAAUGUAUAUCAGACAUUCUUACUUGUGUGUCAUUACAUUGUCUAAGGAAGAAUUCUAUUCACUCAUCUUUAUACAAAUUCCGUAAAUACUUUAGUGAACUUAAGACUAAUCUAAAACUACAUAGCUAUUGUCAAAAGUGUGAUUAUCUUCUAACACAAGACAAUAGAAUUUGUCCGGUGUGCAGUUCAGAAACAGAUGACAGCUCAACAUAUUUUGUUGAAAUCCCCGUUGAGGAGCAAAUCAGCGAACUUUUCCGCAGAAAAACUUUUCAUGAUUUGAUUCUUCAUAGAUUUGAAAGAAAGAAAAAACGUGCAAGCUGUGUAGAAGAUAUUUAUGAUGGUGAACUUUACAGGAAAUAUUCAAGAAAAGAAGCAUUUCUUGACAGUAAAUACAAUAUUUCAUUGAUGUGGUAUACAGAUGGUGUACCACUGUUCAAAUCAUCAAAAGUAAGUUUAUGGCCUUUGUAUUUCUCGAUUAACGAGCUUCCAUACAAGGAAAGGGUUAAACCAGAAAACUUACUUUUUGCUGGAAUGUGGUAUGGAAAAUUGAAGCCAACGAUGUCUACAUUUCUGAAACCAUUUCAUGAAACCAUGGACAAAUUGAAUAAGCAUGGCGUGUAUGUUGAAUGCAAUCACUGCAAUGAGAAGUUCACUAGUAAAGCUCUAAUUCUCUGUGGGACUUGUGAUUUACCAGCCAAAUGUAUGAUGUUGAACAUGACUCAAUUUAAUGGUAAAUUUGGAUGCCCUAGGUGUAUGCAACCUGGCAAAGUUGUUCCAACAGGAAAGGGACAUACACGUGUCUUUCCAUUUGAUGAAGAAAAUGUUGAUGGACCUUGCCGGACUCGUGAGAACUUCAUACAACAUGGAGAACAAGCCUUUGAGACUAAUUCAAUAACAUACGGUGUAAAAGGACCAUCUUGGUUAACUGCCAUUUCUGCUGAUGCAAUUCAGGGUACCUCCAUAGAUUAUAUGCAUACAGUGUUGCUUGGAUUAAUUCGCAGGCUUCUAACUUUGUGGUUUGAUUCAAAGUUUUCAUCAAGGGCCUUUUCUGUGUCGAAACUUGUGCAUAAAACAGAUAGACGACUUGCUACUAUCAAGCCUCCUCACUUUGUAACGCGCCUUCCUAAGAGUAUACUGGAACAUUCCCAAUAUUGGAAAGCGUCGGAGUGCAGAUCCUGGUUGUUUUACUACUCUGUACCUGUGUUGUUUGGAAUCCUAGACCCAGUUUACUUCCAUCAUUAUCUGCUUUUCUAUGAAGCAAUGUACUUGUUGAAUUUAGACUCAAUUUCACAGGGUGACCUUCAACACUGUGAUGAACUGAUAAUAACAUUUUGUUGUCAGUUCAGUGCUCUAUAUGGGAAAGAACAUAUGUCAGCCAAUUUACACCAGUUGUUACAUAUAUCUGAUGCUGUCACAUCAUUGAUGCGGAUGUUAAGUGAAAGUAUGGAAAAUGAUCUGGAGAGUCCAGCUGGGCAGCUUUAUCAGAAACUUACUAGUAAGAAACGUCAACAUGGAAAAGUUUCUGAAGUUAUAGCAGAAGGUGUAUUUGUUAUUGGAAGUUUACACAGACAGAACAUCAUGGGAAUAUAUGCCACUGCAAUUAUGGAGUUUUUUGGUAAAGCUGUGUCGGAUACAUUCGUUUUUUAUCGACUGUUGUUGAAUGGAUGCAUGUACUUUUCAUCUCAUUAUAGUCACAAAACGAAAUUCUUUUACUGUUAAAUAUAUGGACAAUAGAAAAGAAGAGAAAUUUGGUCAAGUUAUGUUCUUUGCAAAGUGCUACCUUGUUUGUAGCUGUGUAGAGAAGUGUGAUUGUUAUCCAGAAUAUUUGGCAGUAGUAAGACAAAUUCUAACUGAUGAGCAAAAUGUACUUAGAGUACAGACAGAAAGAAAUGAUGUUAGGCAAUCCAUGAUCACAGCAAAAACUUGAGACACCUUAAAUCUGGAAUUUUAACUUACAAUCAUGUAGCAGUGCCGGUAACAAGUCUACUGGAUUUAUGUGUAUUUGUGAACCAAGAUGUCAAUGAAACCAACAGAGUGUUUAUUACAUCUCGUCCAAAUAUUCAAGAGUGUGAUUGAUUUUUAGAAUUGUAGUUCCUGGACAGAAUGUUGAAUUAUUUCAACUUGUUUAAGUUAUAACAUAUGUAUGCAUGAUCUAACUUUGAUCUAGCUCAUGAAUUUUUCGUCAGAUUUUUAAUUGGCCUUGGUGAUUAUAGGUAUAUAUAGCGGUCAGUGCAUGUUUACCUAGGAACUUGAUCCAUGUCUAUAGAUAUCGCCUUAGUAAUCCUAGAUAAUCUGCACAUAAAGGAAUUUGUGUACCAUCAUGGUCAUUACGUAAUCUCAAGUAAAUUUUGUCUUUAAUAAAAUAUAUUGAUGUACAUGUGACAAUGAUAACAUUCAAUCAAUAUAAUUAAUCUUGAAAAAUAAAUGGAAUAAAUUCAACAUAAUCAAAUUUUCUUUAUAUAUAUUAGCCUCAUACUUAAUUUUGUACAAUUUGAUACCUCAUAUAUUGAGGUAGUCAAUGGCUUACAACUGACUGAACAUAUUCAACUUGUAAAUUGUCAGUUGGGCACUGCAUGCAUGGACUUAGAAAAAAAAUGGAUCCGAGUUGCAAACUUAUUUUAGCUCGCAGUUAGCGUGUUGACAAAUUAUGUGACUGCUUGCAGUGUUCAUAAAAUUCAACUAGCAUGCCACAAGCUCGCAGAAAAUAUUUCAAGCACACCACUAGCUUGUAGAUAAAUUGACUAGCGUACCGCAAGCGCGCAAAGAAAAUUCCCUUGCUUGCAGGUUGAUCGCGAAAAACCUUACAAGCUAGUACUACCUUUCUGCGAGCUUACAACAUGCUUAUUUUGUGUAUAAUCGCUUACUACUAGCAAGUCACUAGCUUGUCGCGAGCUAGUUACUACCAUGCAUUUCUGUUUGGGUUGAAACUCACAAGUUGAUUUGGAAAUAUGACAACU